AUGGAUGAUAAGACGAAAACCAACCAGGACAAGGCUGCGAUAAACAGCAUCCCUCACAUCUUCAACGUCUACGAUAUUACGUACGUCAUCUUCGAGCAUAUGGGCCACACCGCGGAUCUCAAGAAUGUCUCCCUUACUUGCCGGGUCCUCAAUGCAGCUGUGAGGCACCGCCUUUUCCGUUUCAUGACUCUGCCUGGAGCUGCAAUUGGAGGGUUUCCGAUGCGCUCUCUUCUGCGAGAUCGCUCAGUGUCACGACGGCUCAUCGCCAGCGCUAUACCUUUCACUGCUCCCCAACCCUUACGAGACGGAUGGGGCCUCGAUGAUCUUGAGUUCCUGGGGCAAUGCCACGAGAUCUACGAAGCCACCGGGAUCAUUCUAAGUCAUGCCACGCAACUCCAGCACUUGGAAUUCACCGGUUUCCAUCUGUGGUUGAAUGUGUUGAAACUUCUCCACAUGCGUGAAAUCAAGGAGGGUUUUUGCAGCAUAGAGUCUAUCGAGAUUACGCGGCCCGGGAAGCUUAUAGAUGCUUUAAUUUUUACCGAAAACGGUGAGCUUCAUUCAUGUGUCUUUGUACGGAAAAUGGCAUUGAUACUGAUCUCAAACCCCAAAACACACCUCGUAGCAGACAUGUCUAUGAUGGUCGGCGUAAAAGGCCGCGUCAUGCCUGAAUUCAAUCUUCGUUGUCUUACAAAUUUGGCACUGCAUGGUCUCCAAUUCCAACCAACCGCUCAAAAUAACACGGCUUUGUCACCAUACCUGUUACCAUUAGUAGUGCUACUAAAAAACGCGGAACAGUUGCGAUGCCUUGAACUCUCGACUUAUUCCAACCACCGCCACCUGACUCGGGAUCGAGCACUUGCAGGAGGUUCAAGUUUUCAUCCUGCACAUGGUCAGAUGAUGCGAACGCUCUGUCUCAACCACAAACAAGCAGGAGCAUCCCCAUUGCAACACCUUCGAUACCUCAGACUUGGUCCUGGCUGCGAACUGGACUUUCGAAGAUAUAACCUGCCAGAGACAUAUCCUCAUUGUUUCUUACCUUACUUGUUCACCUUAUCAGGUCUUGUUGAACUUCAUCUGGAAUCUUCUUGUUUAGGACAGGGGACCUUUUCAGGGUAUGCUAAUGCAGCUAAGCUGUUGAUAAACCCAUCUUGUCUCCCCAAACUGCGGAAACUUUCCUUGCCAUGUAAUAUAUGGCACUCGUGGGGAUCAAAUAACACGGAUAGGAAACUGGCGUACACUGUCGAACAAGCGCUCACAAUGCGGUUCGUGGGGCUCUUCGAUAUGCCCCCAUUAUCAGGCCUGGUCCUACCGACUCCAUAUAUAGACCUCCAAGAUAUCUAUAGGAUUGAAGAGUUACAGCGUAUAAAGGAUCUAAAAUCGGUCAAAACAUUACUCCCCUCUCUAUGCGAAACUGCCGAUGGUAAAUACACGCCACACUACGGGCAACCACACCAGAUCAAACACCCAUGGGAAAAUGAACCAGACCUGCCACGCAACCUUCAAUACAUCAAUUUCUUACUAAAGGAGCUCACCAAUCUUCGUGAAGUAUGGCUAACGGGGGAUUGCGGGGCCAACUGGAAUGUCUCGUGGGAAGACGCUUAUUGCGAGUACAGAAAAAUGAUCCGCCACAUCUAUUUACACCACGGCGAUCAGAUCGAGUACGUGGCCACUACAUUCUUUCAACGGUUUCCCAAGCUGGAGUACAUUCGAAUUCUCCAUCGCGCAUGGCGGAGAGCGAGAAAGGACAGGAACAAUAACGGGGAAGCCUCGGGACCAAUUCGGGAGCUCACGCCAUGGGAAGUCAAGAACGAUAUACCCGAGGCCUUUGACUACCGCACCCCGAGUCUCUUUCGAGGACGGCAGUACUCCUGA